AAGUUAUCCUCUCGUGCACCAAGCCCCCCUACUCAAACGUAACUAAAUCAGACCCCGUGUCUUCAAAACGCAAUCAAUCGCCAUGACUAGCGCGGCGAAAGCUUCAGCAGAUUUCGUUGCAGCAGCCGAGAGUGUCUUGGCCAGUCAAGAUGAGGCUGCUCGGAAGCAGUUGUUAGGAACUGCCAUGAAAGCAACAGCUAUGCUAGAGGCUCCUUUGGACGCCGUCUGGCGAAUGGUCAUGUCGCCACAUGCUCCUGCAGCAUGUAUGACUUUGAUUAAGGCUGGCGUAAUUCAGGAGAUUGCUAAAUCAGAUGCUCCUUUAACAGCUGAACAUCUAUCCAAGACCUCGGGAGCAGAUAAGUUGUUGCUUGUUUGCCUCCUACGACCACUUAGUGCCUUGGGUGUGGUGAAAGAGGCCCGACAAGAAGAGUACGCGCCAACGCCUGUUACGAAGAUUCUAGUAGACCGAGCCUUGCUUGGUGGAUAUCAGUUCAUGUUCUCCGCUGCCACCCGUUCCCUCGCCAAUCUUCCCUUCUAUCUGGAGAAAACAAAUUUCAAGCAUGUCUCAGGAGCUCCGGGGCCCUUUCAAGAUGCCCAUGGCACGCCAGAUAAUAUGUACCUGUGGUUGGCCAGCGAUCCCGCUAUGAUGGCCAACUUCAACGCCUUCAUGACUGGUCAACGAGCCGAUCGCAAACAGUGGUUCGAUUUCAUUGAUGUUUAUGACAUCUUGCUUAAAGGCGCUGACCCCAGUGCCCCACUGCUGAUCGAUAUUGGUGGCGGCGAAGGUCACGAUCUCCUCGAGUUUCACCGACGUUACCCUAAUGCUCCAGGCAGGCUGAUCCUCCAAGAUCUACCUCCAGUCAUUGACAGUAUCCAAGACCUGCCAUCCAAAGUGGAAUGUCAAAAGUAUGACUUUUUUCAGGAGCAGCCCGUUAAAGGUGCUCGGUGCUACUACUUUCGCUCUAUAUUCCAUAAUUGGCCCGAUGCCGACUGUAUCAAGAUCCUCAGGAAUACGGCAGCAGCCAUGAGACCUGGGUACUCAAAGUUACUCAUGUCGGAAUUUGUUCUUCCAAGCUCCAACACCCCUCUUUACCCUGCCUUGCUCGAUAUCAACAUGAUGGCAUUGCUCAACGGAAUGGAGAGAACUGAGGCGGAGUUCAGUGCGCUUUUGGACGCUGCGGGACUCAAGGUUGUCAAGUUUUGGUCAGUUGGGGCCGAAACCGAAGGCUUGGUGGAAGCUGUACUAAAAGAUUGAGAUGCCGAUUUUACUUUGCUUCCUGAUCGCGCUGCUUCGAUUGGACCUGGGGUCUCAGAUUAGCGAAUUACUGGUCAAUUCGGCUGUGUUCGUAAGUUCUUUAUGGAGAUCCCGUCGUACAUGAUGAUUAUAUAA